GAAAAAAAAUACCAUGGCAUUUAUAACAGCAACAGUUUCAAAAAGGAAAUUGAUGUUUACUUUUGAAAAGUUAGAACUUUACGAGCUGUCCCUGAAGGCAGCGUUGCCUAGCAACACGGUGGUCCAACGUCAGUUUCUUUUAGAAGAGAUUAAAACAAACAGCGGAGAUUAACAACAUAAAGACACAAAAAAAGAUCCUGUAAAAACACAAAUACACAACUAUGGCGGAUGAAAUCGCUUCCGACGACAAAGAGAAGUCGUUGUAUUUGACACAGAUCCGGUUUCUGGACGAGCAGCUGGAGAGGUGUCAGCUGAAAUGUGACGAGCUGGACAAACAGAACAAAGACCUGGCCUCUCUGUGCAGCGCGCUGGGGAAGGACAAGGACGACAUCGCUCAGUACCUGAAGCACUCGGUGGCCGCAGAGGAGAGGAAGUUGGAGGAGCUGGUGGAGCGGCUGGAGAGGCAGCAGCUUGAUACUGAACAGGAGAUAGAGGCCAUGAAGCUGCAGCAGAGACACGAGCUGCAGGAGAGGACUGAGGAGCUGAACUCAGAGAGCAGGAUACAGGGGCUGCAGAUGGAGGAGCAGAAGCCGCAGAUGGAGGAGCUGAAGCAGCAGACGGAGGAGGUGAAGGAGCUGAUGGUGCUGCUGCCCGAGCAGGAGGCUCUGGAGAGGCAGCUGGUCAGUGAGAAGGAGGAGUAUGAAGCUUCCUACCACAGCCUGACGCUGGAGGUAGAGCGGGAGAGGAAUAAGAUGGCUGUGGAGCGGCGGCGCAGGGUGAAGGAGGGCGUUAAGACGAAGGUCUCGGAGCUUCUCCUGGAGGAGAGGGCUCGGCACCGCGAGCGGCUGGAGAAGGUGGAGCUGCUGCUGUGCGAGAACAAGGAUGUGUGGAACCAGAAAGACGCCCUGCGGUUCAGUGAGAGUCUGCUCUGUUCCGAGCUGGACAACCUGAGGAAGUGUAUCAACAAGGUCACCAAGGUGGUCUCCGCCCGCACGACGGAGACUGAGGAGCUGACGAAGGCGAACCAGCAGCUGGAGGCGGAGAUGCAGGAGUGGAGCAUCUCCUACGAGCGCAUGCAGGACGAGGAGAAGCAUCUCAGACAAAGCCUGGCCUCAGUGUCCGAGGAGUAUCGUCAGAGAGCAGCCGAGCUGGAUCAGCUGGAGGUCGAGAUUCAGGAGGAGAGGAGCAGGAGGUGGCAGCUGGAGGGCGACAUGCAGGAGGCGGCCGUCAUCAUCAGACAAGUCCUGACGGACUCAGAGGAGUCGUCUGACACUCAGCUGAAGAUGCAGAGGCUGGUGGAGAUCCUGGAGAGCACCGCCCCCGAGGGAACAGGCACCGCCCCCGAGGGAACAGGCCCCGCCCCCAAUGACCCCGCUGAGGACAGCAGCACCGGACAGCCACCUCAGACCUCCGGCCCCAAACCAUCCAGGGCAGAGACCCUGAACAUGGCCACAGACCCACUGUUCCUGAUGGCCCGCUACAGACCGGGCGACCUCGGCCUCAUACCUCGACCCUCGUGGAAACACGGACCAGGGUCGAGCGCAACUGCUGUUGGUGAUCAACAGCAGGAAACUCUGUGGCUGUCAGAGGACGUCGGGCGCUGUGGACCCGUCUGAUCCGGAUCCUCAGGAGACUGAGUCAGAGGCCGGAGCCUCCACAGACCCCUGAACCACAGCCAGACCACAUCAUUUCAAAAUAAAAUCCUGUUUCUGU